AUGCGGCCACCUUGUAGGGCUCGCAACCUCUUCUCCCGUUCGUUGCGCAACAUGCCCAAGGAUUACAUUGCACGCAUCGUGUUUGAUAUCCGCCACCGCACGCUCUAUCUCUCCCGUCAAGACCAGGUGGUUGCGGGAAUCAAUUUUCGCUGUUUCCCAGAACACGCGAUUGUUGAAAUUGUCUUUGUUGCCGUCGACUCUUCGGAGCAAGUCAAGGGCUUUGGCACUUACUUGAUGAAUCAUAUGAAAGCGUAUGCGCUGAAGCUGCAUUGCACUGCUUUGGUGACGUUUGCCGAUGACUCGGCAGUCGGAUACUUUAGCAAACAGGGCUUUACCCAACACCUCACCCUCGCACCAAAGCGCCUUGCCGUGGCCAAGCUCUACACGGGUGGCGUCCUCAUGCAGUGUGAACUGCACCCUGCGAUCCCCUACCUGAAUCUGAGUCAAAUGAUCAGUCGUCAACAGCAGGUGAGGCUGCACGCCUGGCUCAACCUGCCACCCAUGAGGCAUCUCUCGAUCUCUCGAGCGCGCGAACAUAUCGCUCACGCCUUUGUCAGGGGCGAGGGCUUUGUCGCCGUCAAGGACAUUCCUGGCGUUCUUGAAGCCGGCUGGUCUGAUGCCAUGCUGCUCCAAUCCAAGCCAAAGGCGAAGCCCGCUCAGAAACGCAAAGAGCAACACAGCAAGAGCAAGCGCGGCGGACCAGUAAUUCGAGAUUUGCGUAACCACUCGCAAUCAUGGCCUUUUCGAGAGCCAGUCGACCCAACGGUCUACCCCGAGUAUUACGAGACCAUUGCGUAUCCCAUGGAUCUCAAAACCAUUGCCGCUAAAUUCAAGGCCAAGGAGUACUUGACCAAGGAUGAUUUUGUAAAUGAUUGCAACCUCAUGCUCGACAAUUGCGUCAACUACAACCCCCCCGACUCGGAUUACUACCGCUGUGCGGAGCUUCUUCGUGUGUUCUUACAGUAG